AUCAAAUAGAAACAUGUUGAGCAGCCUUAAUGAAAAAAUUGCAGCGGUAGCAUUACUCUUUGCACUUUGUCUCACGCAUAUGGCUGAGGGUCAGCGACCCUCAUUUGCGGGCGCCCGUCCGCCGGGCGGACUCCAUCAAAAAGACAAAUACCAUGGCACGCAGAAUACGGCGGCAGAGAACAUCACAGGCCUAGGUAUAGCCAAUCGAUUUGGAAGCGAUGCAGUACAGCGGCCGGAGAUAAGCACAUUGGCCUACGGAGCAUCACAGAGUCCGCCAAUGGGAGUAGAUUGGGUCACACCCGAGGCCACUUAUGUUCCCAUUGCGUUCCCGGCCAGUUCAUCAACUGCCACUGCAGGUGCAGCCGUCGGAACAGGCGCAUCAGCAUCUCCAUCAGGAUCACCACAGUUCGGAAUUGUGAAUCGUUUUGGGGCUGCCGAAAACAAUAGCAACACUCCCAACUCCAUCAGUGGAUCUACAGUUCCAGCCGCAGGUGUAGUCCCGCUUCCCAUUGAUGCGCACAACGAUCUUGAAUUUGUCAACCAUCUCAAUCGCCUGCCCAUCGAUAAGCAGCCCUUCUGGUUCAUCAACUACCAGGCCAUUGAGGCUCAACGAAAUAGUUCAAGGGCGAAUGUUAAUGCGCUCGAGACCCGCGGCUCAUUCUUUGGCGGCUAGUCUACAGGCUCAUUAAGUUAGGAGACUAGUUUUUAGCUCUCAUCCAUUUAGUUUGUAAUCAUGUUAUGUGUAAAUAUAAACUAGUGUGUGUUGAUGAUUUAUUUAUAAAAAAGACGCGCGACGAACAAAAUAAAAGCCCCGUAUCGA